AUGAUGAUGCCAGCACUCGGCGUAUGGGUCAUUAUGGCAUUGGGUCUGGGUGAAAGCAGAGAUAUAAGGCAGAAUAAACGCACAAAAUGUGGGCUACUAGCGCUCCAAAAUCGCAGUAUGGUCCUAGAACCCAAAGGAAUCCACAAUCCCGGCCUUGAAAAAUAUUUCUCCUUCAUCGUAAGUAACAACGAAAACACCGAAGAAACCGAUAGUCAGCAACAAGUUAAGACAUUUGAUGAAAGGAUACGUUUCAACUACCCAUUCAUCGGAGCACUUUUACUAGCAGGUCUGAUGACGUGUAAAUGUGUCAAAGAAUUCAGUAAACUGCAAUUAGUAUCGGAUGAUGCACCAGGAAUUGCCAAUAUUAUUGGCCACGUUCUGAUUGAAAAGAGCAAGAACCCCAAUUUUCUACAGAAAUUUCUAUGCAUAUUAUACCCGCUCCGUGGUUAUCUACUCCCUUUGACCAAUUACACUUCAACUCUCAACGCCAUACCUAAAGACUCAUUAGUGGCCCUUUAUUUCCACUCGGGUAACGUUGAACAUAUACUAGAGACCCACGGAUAUCCACUAAUAAACCCCAAGCUCAAAUCCAUCCAAGAGCUUGCUAAUGCUUCUGGAAAGCCACUAAAAAUUAUAUACGCCUCGCUUGAUCGCUGGUACAGCACAGCUUAUGAUCACUUUCUGAAAAUGGAUUGGUAUGCCAUUCCAUUCGAUGAGAGAAAAAAACUUGAAAAUUUGUGCCAUCGCUUUGAUAUCAAUUCACUGCCAAGUGUCGUGUUGCUAGAUGCCAACGGAAACGUAGUUAACGAUCGCGCAUUGUAUGUUAUGCUGACAAAUCCCAGUGGAUACCCUUGGAAAGUAGAUUCGAUCCUAGAUCUUCUGGGAGAGAAUUUGGUUGAUCAAAACAAAGAUACAGUAGCCGCCUCCAGCAUCAAAGGUCAUGUUGUUGGGCUGUAUUUUGGUGCCCCUGGAAAAGUGCCGCAUGGAUUCGACGACAAACUUACCGCAUUCUGUAAGGCAAUGGCUAAGAAGACUGGGGGGAAGUUUGAGCUGGUUUAUGUGUCCAAUGAUAAGAAUGUAGAACAAUUCCAGGAACAAAUUAAGUCACUGGCUAUGCAAUUACUGGCAGUGCCCUUUGACAAUCUGCAGACAAGGAUACUCCUCCAGAAUUACUUGGAAAUACACACAACUCCAUCACUGGUUUUGGUUGGACAAAACGGAAAAGUUAUCACUAGAGACGGUAGAUUCUAUGUAGAAACUGAUCCCAUGGCAGAGACCCUCUCACUGGAUCCCAGCGAAAGUGUUUGUGAUGUUUCAAACAAUAUCGACGGAUUUGCACAUUCGCCCGUUGUCAUUGCAUUUGCAGAGCAUUCCACACCGCAGGAAAAGAAUGAUAUACUACAGCAAAUGCGCAAAUUGUCUGUUGAACAUUCCAGAAAACGCAGGGGCAAGGAACUAAAGUUCUUUGUCUCUUUGCAAUCACAUCCGCGUUCUGAAGCGAUCAGACGACUUUGCGGCCUACCAAAAGCAACUCAGGAAAAUUCCAAACAUGCAAAACUUGCUAUUCUGGAUUUGUUGCACCAAAAGGUGUUCAUUGAACCCGACAUUAGUUCAUUGAGACAAUUGAGCAGCAAGAUAUCGUUCAAGGGUAACAUUAGUAAUCUUUCUGAUCGCGCACGCCUCUUGGUAGAAUUGUUUCACGAUUCUAUGUUACCAGGCAAACAAAUUGCCCUCAAGUAG